AUGCAUUUUAAUGCUUUUGGACAGACCCUUGACCGAGGGACAGCUUCAAAUGUCCAAGUGGCCUUGGCUUUCAUUGAAGACCACUGCCCUCUGACCAAGGGGGAUGGAACUGUUCUUAUCAGAAGCAGUAAUGGCCAACUAAUGCUAGUAUCUCAACAAGCAAUAGCACGAGCACAGAGUCAGCCACAAAAUAACACAAGCAUGAGACCAUCUGUACCGACCAGCACACCUGCAAUCAGAAUAUGUGCUGUACAGAACUCUGGCACCCAGUUACUAAAGAAAGUAGCAGCUACUCCUGUGAAACCAUUAUCUCAAACAACAAAUGCUGUGACUUCUACUGUUCAGCCACCUGCUGUAAUACAGCCAGCAGCUGCAACAGCUAGUGUUACUACAGUUACUGCUGUAAAGCCUUCGAGUACUGGAACACCUGUAAAACUUCCAGUUACAGGACCACCUGCACAAGCUAUCUCCCAAAAGGCAGUCUCUGUGAAAGCAGAGGGCACAACAGUAGCACAGACCAGCGCUUCUACGGAGAUGCUAGAGAAUGUGAAGAAAUGCAAGAAUUUUCUUGCUACACUAAUAAAACUGGCAUCUAGUGGACCUCAAGCCCCUGAGAUGGGGCAGAAUGUGAAGAACCUGGUGCAAAAUCUAUUGGAAGCAAAAAUUGAACCAGAAGAAUUUACAAAAAAGCUAUACAUAGAGCUCAAGUCAUCUCCACAACCGUAUUUAGUUCCUUUUCUCAAGAAAAGCAUGCUUGCCUUACGGCAGCUAAUGCCCAAUGCUCAGAGCUUUAUCCAGCAGUGUAUGCAGCAGCCAGCUCCAACCCAAGAAGCUGUUUCGACUUGUACCUCUGCAGCACCAGCUCCUUCGAUAGCAGUGGCAACCUCAGCGGCAACCUCAGCUGUAGCAACAACUUCUCUUCCAGUUAUAAAACCAGUGUCUGCCUCUGUGACAGUCACAGCCUCUCCGGUUAUAAAACCAGUCCUUGUCAGUGCAUCGGCGACAGCUUCUCUGCAGACCGUGAAGGCUGUCCCUGCCUCUGCAGUGGUGACAGCAUCUCUUCGGCCUGCAGCUUCAGGCCUUGCCACAACGAAAGCAACAUCAGGGCUGACUGCUAUCCAAACUGUUAAGCCAGUCUUCACCUCUGCAGCAGCAACGUCCUCUCUCCAGUCUGCAAAGCCAGUGCUGGUCUCUACAGCGGCAUCUUCAGCAGCAACCCCUCUCCAGCCUCUGAAACCAGUCAUUGGAACCCCAAUCAGUAUUAAAAUCUCACAGCCAAACUCCAUUGUUGCGCAGUCAGUGGGUGCUCAGCAGGUGGUUAAAGUGAAACAGUUGGUAGUCCAACAACCAUCAGGAACCAUUGUAAAGCAAGUAUCCACACUCCCACAACCCUCAACGCUGACCCUACAGACAUCUGCUGAGAAGAGGAUGCCGCUGAAUACACUUGUUCAAACCAACCAGUUUCCUGCAGGUUCCAUUCUGAAACAAAUUACCCUGCCAGGAAAUAAAAUUCUGUCGCUUCAAGCAUCUCCUGCUCAGAAAGCUAAAAUAAAAGAGAAUGGAGCAACAUCCUUCAGAGAUGAAGAUGACAUAAAUGAUGUGACUUCUAUGGCUGGGGUCAAUCUUAACGAGGAGAAUGCGUGCAUUUUGGCAACAAACUCUGAGCUUAUUGGUACAGUGAUCCGCUCUUGUGCAGAUGAACCUUUUCUCUCCUCGGAAGUGCUUCAGAAGAAGAUCUUGAACAUAGGUAAAAGGCAUGACAUUAUGGAACUUAACUCUGAUGUUGUGAACUUGAUCUCCCAUGCUACACAGGAGAGAUUACGAGGGCUCCUAGAAAAACUAACUGUAAUUGCUCAGCACAGAGUAUCAACCCACAAGGGGAGUGAUAGGUACAUCGUAUCUAGUGACACCAGAGCACAGCUGAGAUUUCUUGAAAAGCUUGAUCACCUAGAAAAGCAGAGAAAGGAUGAAGAGGAACGUGAAAUGUUGCUUCGAGCAGCCAAGAGCCGUUCCAAUAAAGAAGAUCCAGAGCAACUGCGGUUAAAGCAGAAAGCGAAAGAGAUGCAACAAUUGGAGUUAGCACAAAUGCAACAAAGAGAAGCCAACCUCACAGCUUUGGCAGCCAUUGGACCGAGGAAGAAAAGACCGUUGGAUUCUCCAAACGUUGGAUCUGGGCUGGAGGAUUUGAAAGGCAAUGGAAUCGCUCCUGGAUCAUCAGGUUUUAGCCUUACGAAACAGCUGCUCUGUCCAAGAAUAACCCGCGUCUGUCUCAGGGACUUGAUAUUCUGCAUGGAACAAGAGCGGGAGAUGAAGCAUUCUCUAACCUUGUACCGUGCUCUUCUGAAGUGA